CGGCCGACAAGAAAAAAUAAUUUGUCAUAAUACGCCAACAGUACCGCAGUCCGCACGUCAUUUCAAAAAUAGCGGGUAAAUAUUAAUUUCAAAGUAAAACUAAAAUAUCCCUGAUUUUAAACGUUGAUAAUCAACAUGAGUGAUAUUAUAACAGUGAUAGCACCGGUUAACAUAGCUGUAAUUAAAUAUUGGGGCAAAAGGGACGAAGAUUUAAUAUUACCGUUAAAUGAUUCCGUUAGUGCUACUUUAGACACGAGUAUUAUGUGCGCAAAGACAUCGGUUUGCGCAAGAGCAGACUUUAAAGAAGAUGCAAUAUGGUUGAAUGGGAAGAAGGAAUCUUUUGAUAGCCCGAGACUGCAAAACUGUCUUAGAGAAAUUAAGUUGCGAGCUGCCGCUGAAAAAAGUGUCAGUGAAGAUUUUUUACGGAGGAAAGUUCAUGUGUGUUCUGAAAAUAAUUUCCCUACUGCAGCUGGGUUAGCGUCGUCUGCUGCGGGCUAUGCCUGUCUCGUGACUGCCCUGGCGAAACUUUACAAGGUAAAGUCUGAUGUCAGUUCAAUUGCUAGGCUGGGCUCAGGCAGUGCUUGUAGGAGUGUAUACGGUGGCUUUGUUAGAUGGCACGCAGGCAUCAACCCAAAUGGGACAGAUUCUAUAGCAACUCAAAUUGUUGACUCUACACACUGGCCUGAAAUGCAUGCCCUCAUACUAGUUGUUGGUGACACUAAAAAGAAAACUAGUUCUACAGUUGGCAUGAGAAUAGCUACACAAACUUCUGAACUAUUAAAACAUAGGGUAAAGUAUUGUGUACCGGAGAGAACUGAGGAGAUCAUACAGGCAAUAAGGCACAAAGAUUUCCCACAGUUUGCAGAAAUUACUAUGAAGGACAGCAAUCAGUUCCACGCAGUCGCUUUAGAUUCCUAUCCUCCAUGCGUGUACAUGACUGAUGUAUCUCAUUUCAUUGUUGAUUUAAUUCACAAGUACAAUAGUGCCUCUGGAAGUGUAAAAGUGGCUUACACAUUUGAUGCCGGACCAAAUGCUUGUUUGUACCUACUUAAGGAUGAGGUACCCAAAGUAAUAUCUUUGAUAAAGCAUGUCUUUCCUUCAUCAAAGCCAGAAAGCUUUAUAACUGGUCUAACUAGUGAUGAAGAGGUUUUGAGUCCAGCAUUGAUGAGUAUUUGUGAACCUCAGGUUCAGGAUUUGAUCAAAUAUGUGAUUCACACAAAAGUAGGUGAAGGGCCUACAGAAAUAACUGAUGGGUCACAUCUCUUGAAUGAGGCUGGAUUACCAAAGACUGAAUAGAUGAAAUCUUAUAUUCUUAGAAGCUAUUGACUACAGUUUGAAUACUAUCUCUACAUCAUGAAUAGAAUGAUCAAUAGGAUAAUUAGCAUCCAUAUCCUGUAUCUUUGUUAGGUAUGAACACCUAUCUUCUAUUCAUGAAAAUCUAAAUAUUUGUCCACAAUGGUGGCAUGCAUUAUUCAUAACAUUUUGCUUAGUUAUUAAUAUAACUUAUUAUAAUAGGUACAAUAUUUUUCUUAUAAUUUUGAUAUCUGCCUAUGCAAAUACAUAAUUACUAUGUAAGUAUGUCAUGACUUUAAUUUUCAUGUAAAUUCAGUUUCAAAACAGACUCAAACUGAAAUAAGAUUAUGUGUUGUUAUUUUAAACAUAAGCUUUGAAUUUCUGGUUGUUGAAUAUUAACCAUAGGUACCUUAUAAAAAUGUAAGUAGUGUAACCUAAGAGAAUAUUUUUUGUAUUGUUGAACUCAUCAAAAGCUGAAGAGUAUUAUUAUUACAUGUUGUAAGGGCUUACAUAGUAAGCAGGGUGUGGUAAUGUAGAUAGCUAUGUAAAUCUCAUCAUUAAUUAUUGUCAAUAUUAAGCUAUUUUUACUUGAAUAUUUACAUAAGUUUAUGGUUGGAGGAAGUAAAAUGUUUCUGUAUA